GGGUCCUGCCUUGCGCGUUGCCCCUCGCGCAUAAACAACAGAUCGCACUCCCAAGCAAUGUAUCCCUCGGCCCCUCCGGACGCGUAUAACAAGUUCACCACCGGAGCUCCGCCAACGGCGCCGCCGCCGGCAGCGUACCAGCAGCACGGGGCGAACAUGAACCCUUCGCGCCCCGGCGGCGCGCUGAGGACGUGGUCCACCGGCCUUUUCCACUGCAUGGACGACCCGGGGAACUGUCUCAUCACUUGCCUGUGCCCGUGCAUCACGUUCGGCCAGAUCGCUGACAUCGUGGACAAAGGAACCUGCUCGUGUAUUGCGAGUGGGCUGCUCUAUGGGCUCAUCUGCGCCUCGACGGGGAUGGGGUGCCUCUACUCGUGCCUCUAUCGAUCCAGGCUGAGGGCCGAGUACGACCUGGAGGAGGGGGAGUGCCCCGACUUCCUGGUGCACUGCUGCUGCGAGCACCUGGCGCUGUGCCAGGAGUACCGCGAGCUCAAGAACCGCGGCUUCGACCUGGGGAUCGGACGAACGGAGUAGUUAGCUUCAACCAGCGCCACCAAUUUUUUGGGUGUGGUGUGUGGAUGAUGUGCUCAACUGCUCAUACGUACUGAACACUGACGCGUCGUGUCUGUGCGCGAGAAGGUUGGGAUGCCAACGUGGAUCGGCAGAGGCGAGGCGUCGCCGGAGGCGCGGUGAUGGGGGCGCCGGCCAUGCCGCUCGGCAUGAUUAGAUAGGUGAUGGAUGUGAAGGGGCGGUGCUUAGCUUCCAACUUCCGUGGUCCUUGUGUUGCACUGUCGUUCAUCUUUUUCUCGUCUUGCGAGUGGAGAUCAGAAUGCAUGUACUUUCUUUCCUUUUCCCCAUCGCAGAGUGCCUGUGUUUAAGUUGGUUGUGCAUUUGUGUAUUGCCUACUGUAGCUACUUAGCAUCUGCAAUUGUACUCUUAAGUGCCGUGGGCUUUGGUUGUGUGUACAUACAUUCCAUUCAUGCUUGUUGUAAUCCGUAAUCCGUAUGUACUAAAAGGUAUGGAUUUGACAAUUCGGUUCAGAGAUCUCAAGGUAAUCUUACAAGAUA